GAAUCCCUUUCUCUAUCUCUCUCUGCCAUCAUCUAUAUACUUUCUGGUUCUUCUUCACUGUAACCUGUUCAUAGUUAUCAAUUUCACUCUCUUUUUUUAAUCCUGUUUUGAAUUUUUGUUUCAUUUUCAAAUGUUAUGUGGUAAUUGGCGGGAACCAACUGUCAAUCAGGAUACUUUUUUUGUGGAAUUUGGCCAAUUGGGAAAGAUUCGCGUUUAAAGAUUCAGGCUUGGAAUCUUUGGAAAGAAAAGGAAAAAGGGGCAUCAAUUUUCAAUGGCUAACCCUUUGGGGAAUCACGAAGAAGAACAGACAACCCAUGUUGCGUCGUCGUUCAACGGGAAUUUGGCAGCCGACACUUCGCCCACCGCGCUCGCCAUGAAGCACAACUCUGGCAUCGCCCUCGAUUGGACCCCUCAAGAACAAACCAUUCUCGAAGAAGGACUCUCUCUGUUUGCAUCUGAACCUAAUCUCACUCGCUAUGCAAAGAUAGCAAUAAAUCUAAAUAACAAGACAGUCCGGGAUGUAGCACUGAGGGUCAGGUGGAUGAAUAAAAAAGAAAAUUGCAAGAGAAGGAAGGAUGAAUUUUCAAGGAAAAGUAAAGAUAGAAAGGAAAAGGUUUCAGAUCCUGCAGUGAGGUCUUCUCACUUUCCUGCUCAAUCUAAUGUUUUCCCAUAUGCUCCUGCAAUGAAGAUGAUGGAUAAUGAUGACAGCAUCUCUCAUAGAGUUAUUGGAGGCCCUGCAGGGGAGCUCUUAGAGCAAAAUGCACAGGCCUUGAAUAAUAUCUCUACCAAUCUUGCUGCUCUUCAGUUUCAGGAUAACAUCAAUCUUUUCAGCCAAACGAGAGACAACAUCAUCAAAAUUUUGAAUGACAUGAAUGACAUGUCAGAGGCAAUGAAGCAAAUGCCACCUCUUCCCUUUAAGAUCAAUGAACCGAUAUUCAACUUCCUAAUGCCAAACACCAUUCACCAGAUGCUAUAACGAUGAUGGUUGCUGAUUCAUUGUGAUUGCUUCUACCAUAUUAUGCUUGCAUUCAAAUUGACAGAGCAUUAAAAGAAGAGAGAAUGGAAUAAGUUAACCACCACGCAACUAAACUAGUCUUCAAUUUUUGUAACAUACUGGUUUUCCUCAUCCUGUUCUUGGCUUGUUAAGUUUUUAACUUAAUUGGAGUAUAGGAAGUAGUUGUUAUUACUUCGGGGUUCAAUUUAGGGACUGACAGACAGCAAUAAGUACAACUUGGAUAUUUGUAAAUUGGAUUCUCUUUUAUUAUAUAAAUGGUAGAUAUUGUCCCAUUCACUAUGCUCA